CCAGGCCUAGACGACCACGAUACUCUGCGCCUGUUGACAGAAAAUUCUCUAAUGUCGUCCAUUAUGGACAACUACGAACCAGAUUUGGAGAACUACGAGGAACAAGAACAACAACAAGUGGAACAAGAUGGACCUUUUUUACUUGCUCUUGCUUCUCCUUUGCCUUUAUUUUUAUUUGAUAAUAACAACAACAACAAUUUCAUGAUGAAUAUUUUUAAUAUGGAACAACCUGAAGAUGAAGGACAUCGCGUUCCAGUUCCAGAUUGGUACCCCGAUGAACUGCUUCGUGGAGGUUAAAAGCGCAUAGAGACCGAGACCCAAUAGAAGAAAUAAUCCAUUAUGUUUUUUGGAUUCUUUUUCUUUCAAUACUAACUAUUCACUGCGGAGUUUAUUGUGCGGAGGCUGGGGAAGAAGAGGGCCUGUGAUGAGCAGGAGAGUCAGGCAGAGGUUCUUUUGUGAACAUCAAGUAGGAGUGGAUGAAAGUCAUAAUUCUAGUUUGUAAGAUUUUGAUUUUCCGUUUUUCUGGCGAUGGUUGCGCAUGCUGAUAUUUUCAAGCUCUCUGCUUCCGGAAUAUGUGCAGCAGAGAGACGCAUGAGUCUACUCUUAGAAUAGCAUGCAGUUCGCUGCACCAAGAACAAGAGCAAGAAGGUCGAAGAUGAAGAAGAUGAACCGGUCGCAUGCAGCCAAUAGUCCAGCGUAUUUCAUGAAAUAUGUAUCUAUAUGUUGAUGAAAGAACCGCUCUUAAUAUGCAUAAUGGCUCUUUUUGAUGCGUGGACGUGGUCCUCCCACGACCACUCUCCGCAAACAACUAAUGGUCGUGUUGUUUACAACCUGAACACCCCUACUUAGAUCAUAGACGUUGAUGUUCUUUCUUGAAGGAUGACGGCAAAAACAACGGGUUGACGAGGUGACUCAACAC